UCUACUGGAGUCACUCAAUUAGCAAUGAAGGCGUCUCAUACCUCCAGUUUGCCGAAAGUCAGAUAGCUGUUGUCACUUUCUAUCGCCGUCAUUUGCUCUGAUUAGGUCGUUAAGUUUUCGGACAGCAGCUGCGGAGAUUUAUUGCCACUGACAUCGUCAGUCAUAAAUCCGCUUUAAGAUAGCGUCUCGCCGCGAGUGUGAAAAUAAAAACUGCGAUUGAAUGGAGUCAAAGCGCGUUGGUUUGUCGGAAAAUUUUAAAUGAUUCAUUGCCCUUCGCUGCGUGAACGUACUCCAGGGCGAUUGGCUUUAAAUUGAAAAGCAAAAAAAAGAUUCGUGUUACUUCCCCUGCGGGUAACCUAUUAAAGGACGAGCUGUGGAAUUUUCUAGGCAAUAUUUCACUUGAAUAGAGUGUACCGGAGUGGAAGAAGGAAUAUAAAACAGAAAGCUUACUACGCGUGAAGCAUACCUCAUGUGGGUGCGGACUUUAACGACUCUGACAGGUUUGGAAGAAAUACGCAAUAAAGUGCAAUAACAGGCUUCGGAAGAAUGCCACCUCCACUCAAACAACGCGAGCUGACGCCGGAAGAGGAACAGGAGGCCACUGAAGUGGAUUUUCCGGAAUUUGAUAAAAGCCCCGCAUUCAUCCACGUGCUUCUCCUGAACAAAACAAUUCGACUGUUUGUGAUCCUGACCUUGGCUGCAAUAGUGAUCCCGGCCUUCUCCUACCUCUUCUUUUUCUCGCAGGAAAUCGGCCACGCUCCCAAACAGCAACUUGUUGGAACAUGUGGCCACCCAACGCUGUACCACAUCCAAUGUGGUUUCGCAAACAUUUCCCAGUACGAGUGUCACCGACUCGGAUGUUGCUACACGAGCCUUUCCACUUGCUACCAUUCCCUGCCCUCAGAGCACCAGUUUCUCUUCGAGGGAAACUGGCACGACGGUGCUUUUCUCACACCAACCAAAAACUUCACCCCUUAUCACAAGAGUUCGAUGUCCAAAAUCCAGGCACAUUUAACCGUCGUCAACCAGACCUAUUUGGCACUUUCCCUGGAAACGGUAGCCCGAGAAAUAUCCCGCCAGCAUUUAACCGAACCAAUGAGCGUUAUUGAAACCGACGAGCUCCAAGCGCGCAUCUACAGUCCCACGUUUUUCGUCGAAGUGAAGCGAAAAUCCAACCAGGAAAUUGUAUUCUCUACUGCACGAGGUCCUCUUAUCGUGUCCGAUGGUUUCAUCGAGUGGACUCUCCAUCUGGGGGUGGACAUUCUGUUUGGAUUGGGUGAGGCAGUGCUCGAACCCGGGCGAAAAUAUCUGCUGCUGAAUAAUCAGAACGCGUCUGCCGUGCCCGUCAUCAUGGGAUACAACAUGAAAACCAAUCAAUUCAACGGUGUCGUUUUUAACACUCCCGGGCUCACCGAGGUGGAAAUCGUACGUUCGCGCCUCAUCGUUAUUCGUGCACAAUUCCUCGGCCGCUUCGAACUGGAACUUCUACCCGGUCCCACCCCCACCGACCUGCAUCGCCAACUCAAAACUCUCACUCAAAACCACUACCAGCCACCGUUCUGGUCCUACGGAGUUCACGUUUGCGAUGAAUCGCGUAACACCACUCUCGCCAGCGUUCGAUCCAGCAUCGAAACGAUGCUCUCCGGUGGCAUCAUCUUCGAUUCGCAUUGCCUCAACGACGACCUGUUUUGGCUGUCAAGUUCGAUGUCCAUCACUUCGGAGCUUGAAGAAACGAUGCAACUGUUAUCUCGCAAUAGCAAACGAUUCGUACCGUCGGUUGUCAUGGUGUUGGAGCCUACGGGUAGCUCCGCCUCUUCUACCGCCCGAAUCAACGGACUACUGCUUCGAAGCGCUUAUAACAUCGCGUCCUAUCGAGGAAUCGUACGAAACCGGACCACUGUCUACUUGGAUUGGCGCACGGAGCGUCACGAAAUGACUCUGUGGCUUCAGCAGGUGUGGUCCAGCAUUCAGAACUUGAAUGCUUCGGGUUACAGCUUGAAGGAGGGAUCAUUGCGGGACGAUGGUAACAAGACCUACCCUAGUAGAAGCCAGCUAACGUAUCUUCCGGAAGGGUUGAACAAUUCUAUACCCGAUUUGAUUCGGUGGGAUACGAAGCUAUCGGAUAGUAUGGAAACGGUGGUAAAGAGUCAGAACCAGAUGGGACCGAUGAUGACACGAAGAGUUGAAGAAAUGGUUGAGGAGGGAAAGCUUUUGAUUACGGGGGCGUAUGAUUUAAGGACUAAGGCAGCAAUUGUGGCCCAGAAUGUAUCCGGGACGUGGAUUUCAUUAAGGAAUGAGGUGAAUCGUGCGAUUGGGUUGUCAGUGGCUGGGUUGAGUUUCAUUGGGACUCCAAUUUGUGGAAAUUCAAGAGACAACGUUACGGAAGAGUUAUGCAUCAGGUGGUACCAAUUUGGGUCACUGCUACCAUUGUUCAAAGUGUCGGACGAUAGGCUGCCGCAUCGAUUCAGCAAAUUUGCUCAACGAAUUAUGAUGUCUGCCAUACGGAAGCGGUAUGCUUUGAUGGAGUAUAUGAAUACGUUGAUCGUGUUGAAUGCCGCUUUUCUAAGGCCUAUGUUCUAUCACUACGAAGAGGCUAGAAACUACACGGCAGAGUUGUGGGAGCAGUUCAUGUUGGGGGAUGCUCUACUUGUGGCUCCCGUACUGUUGCCACAAAUGACGCAGAUCGAUAUUUAUUUCCCAGAAACGUUUUAUGAGCUAUGGGCCGGAGACGAGCUGCCUACGAACGAUGUGCUUCAGUAUGCCGUAGUGGAGUCCGAUUUGCCGAUGUUCGUUCGACCUGGGUACAUAGUUGGAUUGCGGCAGAUCUCGGACGAAAUUUUGGGGGUCGACGAGGCUCGACUUCAACCGCUGUUCCUUAUUGGAGCACUUGGGUGUAACGUUCGGAAGACGAAAUGUGAUGCUUCAGGAAUGCUGAUGUUCGAAAAAGGAUUCAGCUUGGAAUUUCGCGCUGCACUAGAACAAGAGCUCACUGUUCGGAUUCGACUAAUUGUGGAAACUGAAUCGCUUAAAGACUUGGCUUGUUCAUCUGAACAAAGGUCUUUUUCCGGAGAAGUAUUAUUUAUUCAACUUUACGGGCAUCCGAACCGAACUAUACCCAUAUCUGAAAAUCUUAAUUUUGAUCUAUGUCAAUUAACAGAAAUAACACCCGAAACCGUGUACAACUUUCCAAAUAAUAAUAUAAUACAAGAUAUCUCAUAAUAAACUUUCCGCGAAUUUGUUGCACAGCCGAAAUUCAAAAAAAUCAGUCGUUAUUAACAACAUCUCUUCUACGAA